AUGGCAGUCCUCCUCGGACUUCCAAACGAAGCUCUUCUUCGUAUCUUCCACUACCUUCCAAAGAGCGUCAAGCACCCCAAGCCUCAAGCCGACAUACUGAGCUUAAGCUUGACAUGCAAACGACUGGCACCACUCGUCCGCGAGGUCCUCUGUACGGCGCCGAUCCUUGCUCUAGGUAAUAUCCAUAUGUUCCUCGACAUGCUCUUCAAGUAUCCAGACCUACAACCAAAGAUCCGAAGCCUUACAGUCGAGGCGGAGGAGCUUUCCGAGAUGUGGACAGUACUAGACGGCUCCAUUCCAGCUCGGGACGCAGAAUUGCUUUCAAGAUGUGUCAGCCAUGUUCAGAAUCUAGACCUUGAUAGAGAGAUGAAACAAGGAUGGAUUGCAAUCCUCAGCCAUGAGUGCGAAUGGCCUGGCGACCUGCUUAGCCUCGUCUUGACCCUGCUACCGAAUCUCUCUUCACUGUACCUUGGAGGCACACCACUUUAUCACCUCACAAUUCUCGAGCCAGUCUUGGAAGGUGUAGCAGACCCAUGGCCUUUGAAUAAUCAUUGGAACUGCAUUCGAAUUCCAACCCAGAUCAGCGCCAAACUUACUUCCCUCGAACUACCUAAGGACUUCUACCUCCCAGCAGGGGUGUCGCAGUUCGUAUCCCCAGAACUACGUACCUAUUUCCCCGAGCUGCGACAUCUCAUACUUCCAUCUAUCGCCGUCAAGGACACGGAACCUAAAGACAUAAUUCCACCUAAAGUAGAAACACUGGUCUUGAUCGACUGCCGUGAUCAUGUGCACGACUGGGUCGGCAAAGUAGCACCAGCGGAAGGAACUCCUCUCCCGGAAUUGCGCAGUUUGAGUCUGUACUGGGGAUGCGCUGGAUGGGUGUUUCCACCGCCCUAUGAUAACAUGAGGAGGCUGGGUAUAACAUAUGUCCUCGAUGACGAUUUAGUCUACGAACAUGUUCCAGAAGGGCCUAGUUGGCCUUUAUCUGAGUUGAACCACCCAUGGUUGUACACUCGGGCUGAGCUUGAUGCUUUCAGCUCGGGGAGACAUAAGGAGGCAAUGGAGAAGUGGACAGAGGUAGGGUUAGAUGCGGGAGACUGGGAAGCGGGAGACUGGGAGGUGGAUGAGUCGGAAGGAGAAGAGUGA